AAGAAGAUUGUGGAUGUUGCGUGCUGGCCGUGUCGAAGACGAAAGGGCAAAUGCUCGGGCGAGCGACCGGCGUGUGCUUCCUGCUUGCGUCGAGCGGUCGAGUGUGCGUACGAGUAUGAUGAAGGAUUGACGAGAGUGGGAUCAUUAAAGAUGAAACUGCACAAGUCGACGACCAAGACCGAGAAUCUCGAAUACCUAUUCGAUCAGCUUCGCACGCGAUCAGACCAAGAGUCCGCCCUAUUGCUGGCCUUUCUACGCUUGGGCUGCGACGUCGACAAAAUCGUCGCGCAGUUGAAAUCU